ACUAACAGAAAAAUAAAUAAGAAAGAUCGUGUGGAAGCUUGAAAGAAGAGAGAGAGAGAGAGAAACAACGGAAGAGAUUAGAAUAUGCUGUGUAUGGUGGAUAUUGCAGCAAAGCCAGACCUUCCUGCAUGCUCAAGGAUGAGAGAGACAUCCCGAGGUUGAGAGAGAGAGAUGGUGUUUGGGUUUAAGUAAGGGUUUACGUCUACCAACUGGUAGUUAGAGAUUGAACUCCUUAACCAAACUCUUCUAUCACCCGCAAGAACAAGCUCACGAAAAAGAAGCAGCAGCAAAUAUCAAGCCAAGCACCACACCAAACUCCUCGAACCCGGGCUCAAGCAAAACCCAUAAGAAUAGGAAAACAAAAGCCCGAAAAGAGGAACUCUAUUAUACAAAAGGAGAUAGAGAUUAGAAAGAGAAAGUUAUCAUUCUUUUGAGUUUCUCACAGAAGCUUUUUAAAGAGAGAGAAGUGUUUAUGUAUGAUUCUCACGUGAGGAUUGAUGCGAAUCAUAGAAGGAGACUAUAUGAUUAUAAAAAAGAGCGAAAGUAAGAAUUCAUAGCUCUUUGUAUUAUCGCCCUUUUAUUUUCCUGCAAAAACAGUAGUUUUUUCUUCUCUGGGUCUUCUUUUUUCUAUUUUACGAACGGGGAUUGGUAAUGAUGCAUAUGUUUGUGCAAAAUUUUCAUUGAAAAGUGAGGCUUUGUGUUGUAAUAUGUGGGGAGGGUCUCGGGAUCGGAAAGUAUUUAGUUUGGAGAGGAUCGUUUUCCUGCAGAUCGGUUGGUGUUUCCAAGCUUUGCUGUUCCCCACAACUGCUACGGGUUUCCAGUUCUGGGGUGACUUUGUAAUCUAAAUCGAAUACCCAGGUGGGGAAAUUUUGAGAUUUGAGAAAUAUGGCAACUUUUUACACUAGUUCAAGUAAUCAAAGAGAUACUGCGCCAAUACUCUACGUAAGGGAACAUUUGCCUAGUUCGUUUGCAGAAGCUCCGGUUCAAGCUCCGGUUCUUCAUGGUAAUAUGAUGAUGUAUAUGGACUCUGGUCCAUACUCAGAUUCUUUAGCUGAGAAUUCUCAGCAGCAAAACAACUGCAUGGACCCAUCGUUGGGUGCUUCAAAUUCUUCCCCACAGCAACGGGAAAUCUUGUCAAAUCUCGGUGGAUCACGCCUUGUGGAGCAUGAUUUCAAUGCAUGGAGGGAAGGUAGAAAUGAGAUACUAGUUACGCACCCAAUGGGUAGCGCUGCCAGCAUUCUUCACAGUGGACAAAACUUGCAGGGCCAGGGAUUGUCCCUCAGCCUCAGCACACAAAUUCCAUCAGAGUUCCACAUGCCAUCUAUCCCAUAUCAAAAUCCUAAUUCAGGAUUUGCUUCAUUAUUGAGUCCUAAUUCGUCAGUUGCAGGUGAUUGUGCGGAUAGGAAUGACUCUUCUAGAGAUGAACCGCUGAGAAGUGCUGAUUACUUGCCGACUAGUUUUACUGGAGGCAAUCAAGAUUUAAAUAAAGGGGAUUUAUCUCCGUUUGGAAUGUCAAGAAUUGUGAGAACCAUUCCCAAUUCCAAAUAUCUUAAGGCAGCACAACAACUGCUUGAUGAAGUGGUUAAUGUCCGAAAAGCUCUAAAGCAGCCUGAUGUUGCAAAAAAUGUUGGCACCCAGGAGCAUCUGAUAAUGAGUCCGAUGGAGAGUGAUGGAGGAACAAAGAAUGAAACUGCAAUGCCACCCACGGGCGGAGUGCCUCCAUACCCUCAAGAGUCGGCCUGUAAUUCUCCGCAUGAUCUUUCUCAUGCCGAAAAACAAGAUCUACAAAACAAAUUGACAAAGCUAUUGUCCAUGUUGGAUGAGGUCGAUAGAAGGUACAAACAAUAUUACCAUCAGAUGCAGAUUGUGGUGUCAUCAUUUGAUGUGAUUGUGGGAUGUGGGGCAGCUAAACCAUAUACAGCUCUUGCCCUCCAGACUAUCUCCCGCCACUUUCGGUGCUUGCGUGAUGCAAUCACUGGCCAGAUUCAAGUAGCUCGAAAAAGCCUUGGGGAGCAAGAUUCUUCAGGGAGCAGUAAAGGAGUUGGAAUAACUCGCCUCCGAUAUGUGGAUCAGCAGCUCAGGCAACAGAGGACUCUUCAGCAGCUCGGUAUGAUGCAGCAACAUGCAUGGAGGCCACAACGUGGGCUCCCUGAAAGCUCUGUUUCGAUUCUUCGUGCUUGGCUGUUUGAGCAUUUCCUUCAUCCAUAUCCAAAGGAUUCUGAUAAGAUCAUGCUAGCGAGACAGACAGGCUUGACUAGAAGUCAGGUCUCAAACUGGUUUAUAAAUGCACGAGUGCGUCUCUGGAAGCCCAUGGUUGAGGAGAUGUACAAAGAAGAGAUUGGAGAUGCUGAGAUGGACUCUAAUUCUUCGUCUGACAAUGCGGGCAAGGCAACAAAAGGGAAUGAUGGGACCUUUGAGGAUAGAGGGGAAGAUUUCCAACAAAGUAUGAGUUCAACAGCCACCGAGAGAUGCAGCACUAGUCAACUCAUUGACUCCAAACCAGAUGGUGUUCCUGAUGUACAAAUGGCAGGAUCUCCCAGAUUAGUCAAUUAUCAAGACAGUGAAAACGAAUAUGGGUUGGUGAAGCGAAGGGAGGAACAAAGGCCUAGUAUGGAUGGCUGUAGUCUCUUCCCUGAUGCAGCCAGUGAAAGGUUCAUGGCAGCUGCUGCUGCUGCCUAUCACAUGUCAGAGUUGGAGAGGUUCGGAGGUGGAAGCGGAGUGUCUCUCACAUUGGGGUUGCAGCACUGCGAGGGUGGUAGCCUACCCAUAUCUGGUGUGGCCCAUCACAGUUUCAUUUCCAUGGGCGGGGACCAAAUUUAUAAUGCUCCACCAUCAUCUGUAGGGACCGAGACGGCUGAUUUCGAGUGCAUGAAUCCUGGUAACCAGCAACACAGGUUCAGUUCUUCCCAUCUAUUACAUGAUUUCGUAGUGUGAGAAUGCUGAUUUUGGAUCCAUACGGUGGUGGUUUUUGAACUGUUAAUGCUUGGCAAGAGGAACAGUAAUUUCCUGGCUAUAGACUGUUCUUCCGAGAGCAUUGGUCAUGCUUGCAACUGGUAAUGGAAACAUUGCAGUCUGAGUAUGGAAAGCAUAUAUAACAUGGUUGUAAUAUAUCACCAAAUUGGCAGAAGAUUAGCAUAUUGUAAAGAUACAUAUUAUUUGUUUGGCACGUGGAAGGAAAAUUGUACAAUCUGUGCCUUCUUCAGUUUGAAGAAGAAAAAGAUGUUAUAAUCCGAAAUAAAAAGAUAAGCAGAUUUUGGGUGAUUGUUAA